CAUGCGAUCGCUCGUGUUGUUUCUUACCACUUUACUUUGGAGUGUCGUUUUGAUGGCCGUAGAUCGCAAAUGUCCCGUCGAGGCUUGUGUGGAUGGCUCGUAUGAAAGACAUCACUUUGUAGAGAAAAAUUGUAGAUGUGAUAAGUUAUGCAAGUUUUACAACGACUGCUGUCACAAGACGAAGAAGGAGACUCUUUUGCUGAAAAAUGCUUCUUGUAUUAACGACGAGAGAUUAGUUCUUCCAGAGUCCUAUAAUCAUUUAUAUAUGAUAGACGCCUGCCCACCUCAUUUUACAAACCAUUCUAACUCAGAAAUGGACAUUUAUAGGUCAAAAUGUGAAGCUGAAUCAAUGCCAUCGGAUGAUAAGAGUUGGGGAACGCGUUACUUUCUACCGGUUAGUGGUCGUAUUACCGUAAAAAAGAAAAGGCCUAUAACAGUGGUCUUUCGGAACAUUUAUUGUGCAGUCUGUAACUCGGCAACUUGGUUAAAAUCAUGGAAUGUUGUUCAUGACUGCAUGUUAACCAGUAGAAUCUCAAACGGAACUCGUUUCAGUCGUGAUUUAUAUAAUUCCCUUUUAACGGCGUCGAUUUCAAAGAGCAGAUGUAAAUUACGUUUCCAGCCGCCCGACGACGAUCUCGAUAAGUCGGGGGUCCGAUAUUGUAAAAGGGCCCAUUCAAACGCCGGAUGUUCGUCCUCAGAAAAUUCAAAGAAUAAUAAAUUGUGCGUAACGGCCCCAUCAAGAAACGUUUACGUGGAUAAUGAAGGAUAUUUUACCGCUUUUAGAAAUGAAUAUUGUGCUCGGUGUCAUAAUUUGAAUUUAACUUAUGUAAUAUGUAGAGAUCCAAGGGGAAUACCAGAUUACACAAAAAAGUCAGGAAAGUUUAAUUAUAGAUUUCGUGUUAAUUGGCUCCAGUCUAUGGGUUCUAUAGAGUAUUUUGAAGACUUCAAUAGCAAUGGUAAACCGACGGUAGAGAAGUUUGGCAAGUUAACCAAGUGUACAAAGAAUACGGUUUAUGAUCCGUUUGACCGAUCUUGCCAUUCGGUCUGUCCAGAAAAUCGUUAUACGACCAUCGAAGGUGAUUGGGAAAAAGUUAAAUGUUCUGAGACGCCCCAAAUAGAGAUCUCUACUAGAUCUACUAAAAAAUCCUUUUCCUCUACUUCUAAAUCGACAACUAUUAGACCGACUAGUAGUACUUCAACAGACAAAUGGACAACUCUCGAAAUGAUGAAGAAAACACCAAAGCCCGCCCGAAGGGAAGUUCCGGUUGAGAAGGAAUCACUCUGUCCUCCAGAUAAGCGUCUAGUUUUGGUAAAGAAUGACUCUAAAGGAGAUUCUAUUGUCAUGGGAUAUAGAGUUAUGCUAGAGGAGGGCACUGGUCGAUAUUAUAUCUGCAGUAAACAGAAGAUAGGAAAAGGGCACUCAGUUACCCCCGUCCACGCUUAUACCUUUGAUUUCGACCGUAAUCUCUAUGUUGAACCAAGAGGACCGAGGUACGCUAUGUUUGUCUAA